AUGGUCCUCCAGAGCACACUGCACAAAACGGCUGAGAUCAGUGAUCGUGAGGAUAGGAAGCCAGCCAUCAUCGUGGACUACAAACACAAUAAAGGAGGCAUGGACAACCUGGACAAGCCUACGUGGCAGGCUGACUACCUGUUACGCGAGUGCAGCAAGAAGCCUGAUCCACCUGAGGAUGCAGCUGGAGCAGUACUCUGCUCAACCCAGCAUUCAGCCCAACCUGAGACUCGGCAGGUGAAUGGCCUCGUGGGAACGGUUUUCUAUUUUCCAGAAAGGGUGUUGAACUCUGGCAGUUUACUUUAUGGAGACCUUGGCAGUAUUGCACAGGUGUACCCUGGUAAACAAAGUAAAACCAACCUUGUGAAGAGAUUUAAAAACCACCUUCACUGGAACAAUGUCACUGGAUUCUUCACUUUGUCAGAUCUACAAAUAGACGAUUCUGGGGUUUAUACUGUAGAGAAUACAGAUGAAGGGAAGACAACACAUACAUUUCAGCUGACUGUGUACUGUAAGUGUGUGUAUGUUCUGUCCAAACCUCAGGUGACGGUUCAUGAUAACAUCUCCUGUAGCUUGGUGUGUUCUGUGGAGAACGGGAGAGAAGUGACCCUGUCCUGGUACAAAGGAGGGGAGAUACUCAACCAGACCAGCAGCCCUGAGCACAUAACCCUCUCUAUACCUCUCAAGGUGGAUGAACAGAACAGAGACUCUUACAGAUGUGAGGCUGCCAACCCAGUCAGCAAGGAGACAGCUGUUGUUCCACAUUCCUGUAUAGAGAGUGAUCCCUUCAAGGUGACAGAUGGUGAUGAGAGGACUCAAGGUCGUCUUAUUAUUGCUGUAAUCUGCGUUUUGGUUGCCUCAGGACUUGUUGGACUUGCAAUCUAUCUUAAGAAGAGGAGAAACGGACACUCACAUGCAGAUCUCAGUUUACUGCCUGCCCUCAAGGACAUCUACAGCACCCGGUAUCACAGGAAGGCCAAGAAGAUUAUCAAGGAUCUCAGUCACCCGAGGCACGGCAUGUUCACCCUGCUACCAUCUAGAAGGUGCAGACAGUACAGGUGCAUCAAGGCUGUGACCGAGAGAAUGAAAAACAACUUCUAUCUCCAGCCCCACCACAUCCUGUCCAGUUUAGAGACAGAGACCCUCACUACACGACUCCAUAAAGAGAAAUAA